UCCAAUGGACGCCAAGUUCAGGUUGAAAAAAUUGAAUAAUAUUGCAAGCUAGCCAGACACUUACUUUAUUCGCGAAGUCAGUGGUCUAUAUUUGUGAAGAAUAUAGAUGUUCUAUCGCUAAUGUCGUUAUGAUAGUUUCUAUUUGAGCGAACGUUUUUCAUUUCAAAUCUUAGGCCGAGGAGUGAAUGAUAUUAAUCAAGGAAGUCACUAGCUGGUUAGCCAAAAGCGUUAGCUAGCAGCAGUAUCUAGCUAGCUCUUUGUUUUGACUGUGAUGGUCUGAUGAUGUUGAAUAGCUUGGACAGCUGAUGGGUCUCGAGCUAGUGUUUAUAUGAACAUAUAUAUAUUAUGUUUUAAUGGGUUGUUAAAUAGUAUUUAAUGUGUAAUAACAUUACUUCUUCAACGAGGGGAAGAUACAUUUGGUUGUAAACGAACAAUAGCAAGUUUACAAGCUAGCUAAACAACGAGGGACUGAGAAGUGGACAUGGGCAAUUGUCUCAAAUCGCCGACGUCCGACGAUAUAUCUUUGCUUCACGAAUCCCAGUCUGACAGAGCAAGUUAUGGGGAGGCAGACCCGGAUUUGGAGCCACCUCCGCCUUACCAGGAGGCCCACAUGCCGGUGUACCACCCCACCCCCAGCCAGGCCCGCCUGGCCAGCCAGCUGACUGAGGAGGAGCAGGUCCGUAUCGCCCAGCGUAUCGGCCUCAUCCAGCACCUCCCCCGGGGUGUCUACGACGGAGGACGGGACGGCUCUGAGAAGAAAAUCAGAGAGUGUGUGAUAUGUAUGAUGGACUUUGUGUACGGGGACCCCAUCCGGUUUCUGCCCUGUAUGCACAUCUACCACAUGGACUGUAUAGACGACUGGCUGAUGAGGUCCUUCACCUGUCCCUCCUGCAUGGAGCCUGUGGACGCCGCCCUGCUCUCCACUUACGAGACCAACUGACCACGGACCCUAAAUACAACACUACCCCCUUCUGCCGAGCUCUGCCUUGCCACCCCCCUACAAACACACGCACACAUACACACACACUUCCACCAGCCCCAACAAACACACACAUGCUGCCCCCUUCCCCUCUGCUUUUUACCUUGGGAUAAGGAGCAGCACAGUGUCUUGGUCGGUGAUGACAUACGAGAGAGAGACUAUGGAAACACUAGUGAUUAACAAUGAAAAGACUUGGACCCAUCCACCCAUCACCUGGAACUGGCUCUGAACUGGGACUGGCUCUGAACUGGAACUGUCUCUGAACUGGAACUGGCUCUGAACUGGAACUGUCUCUGAACUGGA